CAGAAUCCAAAGAGGGAACUAGCUCCUAAGAUGAGCCUUCCAUGUAAAAUUGUAGCCAGCUUCCUUCUGAUUUUCAACAUUUCUUCCAAAGGUUUACUCUCCAAAGAUGUUAGGAAUGCCUUGGAAGUCUGGGGUGCUUUGGGUCAAGACAUCCACUUGGACAUUCCUGAUUUUCAAAUGAGUACUGAUAUUGACGAUAUAAAAUGGGAAAAAGGUUCAGACAAGAAGAAGAUUGCACAAUUCAGAAAAGGGAAGUCGACUUUUGAGGAAAAAGAUGCGUAUAAGCUAUUAGAAAGUGGGACUCUGAAAAUCAAGCAUCUGAAGAUGGAUGAUCAGAAUACCUACACAGUAUCGAUAUACGAUGCAGAAGGAAAAAGUGUGUUGGAAAAAACGUUUGAUUUGAAGAUUCUAGAGAGAGUCUCAAAACCGGAUAUCUCCUGGACUUGUAUCAGCAAAAUCCUGACCUGUAAGGUAAUGAAUGGAACCGACCUCGAAUUAAACCUGUAUCAAAAUGGGAGAAAUCUCUCAAAAGGUUCUCAGAGGGUCAUCACAUACAAGUGGACCCCCAGCCGGAGUAGGAAAUUCAACUGCACAGCAAGCAACAAAGUCAGCGAGGAAUACCAUGUGGUGGAUGUCAGCUGUCCAGAAAAAGGUCUGGACAUCUAUCUCAUCAUUGGCAUUUGUGGAGGGGGCAGCCUCUUGAUGGUCUUUGUGGCACUGCUCGUUUUCUACAUCAGCAAAAGGAAAAAGCAGAGCAGGCGGAGAAAUGAUGAGGAGCUGGAGAUAAGAGCCCACAGAGUCGCUACUGAAGAAAGGAGCCGGAAGCCCCACCAAAUUCCAGCUUCAACCCCUCAAAAUCCAGCAGCUUCCCAACAUCCUCCUCCACCACCUGGCCAUCGUUCCCAGGCACCUAGUCAUCGUCCCCUGCCGCCUGGACACCGUGUUCAGCACCAGCCUCAGAAGAGGCCUCCUGCUUCGUCGGGCACACAAGUUCACCAGCAGAAGGGCCCACCUCUCCCCAGACCUCGAGUUCAGCCAAAACCUCCCCAUGGGGCAGCAGAAAACUCAGUGUCCCCUUCCUCUAAUUAAAAAAGAUAGAAACUGUCUUUUCCACUAAGCACUGUGGAUUUCUGCACUCCUGAUGUGCACAUCCGCGCUUCCAGCAGGUGUUUUCUACAUGCAGAA